AUGGGAGUAAGCGGUAGUUUGCAUAAUAAUUGUAACUAUGAGCCGCCGCCGUUACCUCCGCCAUUUUACACCGGACCUGGAUAUACACCUGCAACAUCUCGAGCGUCUGAAGCUAUAGAUAAUUCUUCAAAUCAGGAAGCGCGUCGUAGGAGCGUUAGAAAUGAAGAGUGGUGGAAUCAGAGACCAUCCGCGCCAAAUUUAUCAAGUCUUUGCCAUCCACGUGAAACUUUGCUGACAUAUGCAGCACAAAUGACUGGUUGGCAGUCGGAUUACACACCAAGCACUCCAUCAAUUAAUCAAGAAGCUAUGGAAUUAACGCGAACAGUGUCGCAUUUAGCGACAGCUAACCAGCAAUUGGCCUCUGCGCACAGCGCGCUUUUGGUGCAGCUGGAAAAAUUAUACGCCGAGUUAAACAAAGAACGGGAAGAAAAAAGCGAACGCGUUUCUUCUCAUGUUUCGAGUGCUGACCAAACUGCUGCUAAUCAAACUGACUUUAAUAAUCACCUUUUGAGUCGCAUUGAAGCGAUUGAAAAAUUUAUCAAAAAUUCGGGCAAAUGUGAGCUCAGGUGCUGCAAAAAUUCCCACAAAGAAAAAGAAAAAGACGAAAAUGAUAAACGAGAGUGUCAGAAGGCUAUUGAUAGGAUACAGUUGUUAGAGAACGUUCUAGAGCCGGAGAAAUUGGAAUGUGAGAGUGAAGUUGAGAGACAGAGAAAAAUUAUUGAGAAACUUAAGAGGGAUUAUGAUACUUCAAAGAUUCACUGUGAAAAAAUGGAACAGAGGUUGAAUGAAAAGGAGAAAAGUAUGAAAGAAAUGGAGCUGGAGACAUCGAGACUGACUGAGCAGUUGGAUGCAUUCCACAGGGAAAAAGACACUGCCUUAAUGCGAAUAAAAGAUCUGGAGAGUGGCUUGAGGAAAGCCGAGUCUGUGAGAGAGGAGACUGUCGCGUUAAAGGACAAAGAUACUUUUAAACUACGCACUAGGCUUCAGGAAGAAAUUAAUAGUAAGAAGAAACAAACUGAGGCAUUUGAAGAGGCUUUGCGAGAGAUUCAAAGACUGAAUGAUGUUGUUGCUUUCAAAAAAAAUGAACAUACUGAUACUGUUUUAGAUGCUGAAACAUCAAUGGAAUCAGACAAUAAUGAGCGUCCUAGCUUAGAAGAAUUUAAAAAAGAUUUAAGUAUGAAGCGCGAAGCAAGACAACGAGCAAUAGCAGCAGUUUCAUCAGAAAUGGAGAGAUUAAGGCGAGAAUUAGACGCUGAAAAAGAAGCUCACUCAGAAACCUCCCGAAUUUUAGAUUUAUUGAAAAGUCAAUCUGAAAAUGCAUCGAGGAAAAGUGAAGUGUCAGUUGGUACUGCGACUACGGUGACUUCAACAACUUCUACGUCAACAUCAACCGCACCGGGGACUUCAGGACUCGAAGACUGGAAAGAUGAAUGGCAAGGAACUAAUUCUGUGCAUUUGGAUGCUCAGAGACUUACUGAUGUAUUGAAGGUAUCGGAUGAAUUGAGAGCCUGUAUAAGACAACAGAUUGAGAAAAUAGACGAUCUGCGGUACCAUUUGGAGUGCGAACCAGAAAUCAACGCUCAAAGGAUUGAAACUCUGAAGACUAUUGGCAAGAAGAGCCGCCAGGCGUUCAGGCAGCGCGAAGAAAAGAUAAAUGGCCUGAAAAGCGUGCUAUCACAAAUACUUGCGCGUGUUGGCGAUGAAAAACUUGAGAUUGACGUCACCGACGACCUCAGAGCCGAGCACGACCGUCAGCUGGACGAUAUUAAAAAUUUGAAGAGUCUUUAUGACGAGAGGAUUAGAGUUAUCGGGGAGCUGAAAGAGUCGGGCUCGAAAGAACUGGUUGACCUUAAGGACAAGUUUAAGAAUGUGUCUUAUGAAAAAGAGACUUUGGAAGAAGAUUUUAAUAGAGCCCAAGAAAAGAUUGAUAUCCAAGAUACUGAAAUUUCAAAUUUAGAAUCACAAUUAGGUUUAACAAAAGCCGAUUGUCGUGAUUUACAAAAUCAAAUGGGUGUUAUUAAUAGUUUGUUUUCACAAAUGUUGUUAAGUGCGUCAUCUGCUGAUAUGGAUCUCGAUCGUUUGACUCAAUUAAUCCAAGAAAAUCAUGAAUUGAUCAGUGAAAUGGCUCGAGAAGAAGGUACUGAAGCAGCAGCAUUGCCAAAAUUAUUGCUAGACCUCGUGGAACAAGUAGAAGGCCGUGAUAAGUCUAGAACAAGCGACACUGACAAUAAAGAGAACCAAGAAGACCAGGAAGACAGCAUCGCUAAUAAUUUACCUAAAGUUUGGCGAGUGCUGCUGGAAUUAUUGAGCUGCCACGCAGCUCAAGGCUCCGCUUCUAGACCAGCAGAGCCAGCUUCUCUUUCUACCGAUCCCAAUGUCUGCUACAAGUCCGUCGACACUCCCACAGGUCCAAGACUGGUGAUAUCCGUCAGCAAGACUUAUAUCCGGUUGAAGGAGCUGAUUCUCGAGAAGAAAAGCCUGGAAAAAGAAAUGGGUCGCAUGAAGCAGCUGAACUUGCACUUGGAGAGCAAGCUGGGCGAGCAGGAGAAGCGUUUGUCGACGGUGUCUGAUGAAUUAAGCAAGACUUGGAACAUUGUUGGCCGUAUGCAGGCACAGCACCAACAAUUACACACUCAUGAGAAAAUAUUGCGCUAUGAGUUGCAACAGAAGAGGAAAAUGUUGCAGGAGUUGAAACAAGAGUUGGAGUACUGUAGAGAAAAAUGGGAAUCAGCGCGUCAAAAGAAUUGCAAUACGGAGAUUGAGUGGAAAAAUUUGAGGAGAGAAUUUGCUGCGAGAAAAGCUUUGGCUGUUGAUGAUUCAUUUAAUAAUAGCGCUGAAAGUGGGUUCAGUGAUGAACGAGGGGAUGAUACUGAUGAUGAAGACAGACCUAGUGAUGAAAGACUUAGGAUUGGUUCACGUCGAAGGACCAGAAAGGAGAGUCCAAGGACACCAACACCAGACACUGAGUCUGAGCAACCAACGGACACCGAGCUGUCGGAGUCGAAGAGCGAACCGCCAUCACCCGAGCGGCAGAGAACGCCCACGCCAGAAGCUAUUGAUUAUCACAAAGUAGCAGCGGAGGAAGUGGUUAUGGAAGAACAGGUCGAAGAAAUGGAUCCUCUUGACCAAGCGCUGGCGAAUGUUAUUCAGAACUUGAUUCAGAUAAACCACACCAGUGACAGCGAGCAUGUCGAACCACGUCCAGGUAAUCAACCGGACAUUGAUCGAGAAUCAUUGAAAAUCACUCAAGACACUCCUUCUCAUUCAGACACAGUACACUGUGCUUGUCAUACAGAUCAUACGGACAUUGAUGUGCAUGAAAUCUCCUCAGAGGCUUUAAAAAUAAUUAAUUCUGUUUCUGUAUUUUCAAUCGGUCCUUUCCCAGAGUCGGUGGUUGCUUCAGAGCCGGUUGUUGCUCGUCAACUCACUCCUGUCUUUGGACAUCAUCAACAUCAUCCAGAUAAAAAUUCUCAAGAAGAAAUAAAUAGGCUAGAAGACAAAAAAGAAGUUGGAACAACUUCAUUAGCAUCUAGACCGGUUGUGUCCACUUCAUUAUCAUCAACAAGUAGUUCAUUAACACCAGAAACGUCUACUUCAUUACAAUUAGAAGCUACACCUACUUCUUUGCAAUCAGAGCCAGAAGUAAUGACACUUAGUUCAUUAAAGCCAGACCCGGAAGCAAUUACAAUUUCUAAUAAUUCACAACCCAGCUCUUCAAAAGCAACUCGCACGCCUGAAGAAGUUCUAGCGGCGCGCGCAGCUAGGUUAAAGAGGUUAGAAGAACAAGCUGAUUGGUUAAUGAAAAAAAUGACCGCCACUAGUCGCAGAGGUUCUGUUCUUAGUACGAGGUUAGAGGAACUUCAUGAAGCUUAUGCCGAACCACCUGUUCCACCUCCUCUGCCUGAUGUUCUACCCACUGUUAUAUUGCCUACUUGUUUGGAUUUUAAUACUGAGAUAACGGAAGCUGAAGAUCAAAAUGAAGACAAUUCAUCGGUAUAUUAA